AUUACUGGAGGGAAAGGUGUGAUGACGGAGGAGAGACUGCAUCGUGUUCAGCGUUCCAGUGCCUGCUUCAUUAACCAACUUCAGCAUUUGAGACACCAGCCAAGUGCAACAGAAUAAAAGUUGCGAUGAGAACAAAUGCACGUCGCUGCAUGGUUUUGCCAUUCAGACUGACCACGUUUCGACUCUGCUUCUGCUACUGUACAACAGCACAUGAAAGCAGGAGGGGCGGGGCCAGGGAGAGCGAGGGGCGGAGCCGACCACUAGAGUCCGGGAAAAGUCAAACUGGAGGCGGGGCCUCAAUGUCUGCGCAAACCCCACUUGGCCCGUCCUCCUCCAGACGGGCCCCUCCCUCCCCCACCCCCUCGGGCCACCCGCUCUUGAGUUGGAGACUCCUGGCUCCCGUUCGGCUCAGUCCGGGCAACAGAGGGACACGGGAAUGGACACAGAAGGGAGUCAGAGCAGCCUGUCGUCCUCCACGCAGGACUCCCCGCACGAUCCCUGCAAAAUGUUCAUCGGCGGGCUGAGCUGGCAGACGACACAAGAGGGACUGAAGGAAUACUUUUGUAAAUUCGGCGAGGUGAAGGAGUGUAUGGUGAUGCGGGAUCCGGUUACGAAGCGGUCGAGGGGCUUUGGAUUUGUCACCUAUGUAGACCAGACCGGUGUGGAUAAAGUUUUGGCCCAAAACAGACACGAGUUGGAUUCAAAAACAAUUGACCCUAAGGUGGCCUUCCCACGUAGAGCUCAGCCGAAGCUGGUAACAAGAACAAAGAAGAUCUUUGUUGGAGGGCUGUCUGUCAACACCACCAUCGAAGAUGUGAAACAGUAUUUCGAUCAGUUCGGAAAGGUUGAUGACGCGAUGCUAAUGUUUGACAAAACCACCAACAGGCACAGAGGUUUUGGCUUUGUGACCUUUGAGAAUGAAGACGUGGUGGAAAAGGUCUGCGAGAUCCACUUUCAUGAGAUCAACAACAAGAUGGUGGAGUGCAAGAAGGCGCAGCCGAAGGAAGUGAUGUCACCGACAGGUACGGCGCGAGGCCGCUCCAGGGUGAUGCCCUACGGCAUGGACGCCUUCAUGCUGGGGAUAGGCAUGCUGGGUUACCCAGGGUUCCAGGCGGCCACCUACGCCAGUCGUGGCUACACAGGAAUCACACCAGGAUACACAUACCAGUUCCCAGAAUUUCAUUUAGAACGGACACCCCUCCUGACUUCCUCUCACCCCCAAGAGAUCACAGCCAUUCCACUGACUGCCUAUGGACCAAUGGCAGCGGCCGCAGCUGCAGCGGUCGUCAGAGGUGCGCAAAAUCAGCUCUAUUAUGGUUCCACCCCGUCACGCGCCGCUGGGUUCCUGGGCACCAGCAGCCCUGGGCCAAUGGCAGACCUUUAUGCAGCAGCCAAUCAGGACUCAGUCAGCAGCUACAUCAGUGCAGCAAGCCCUGCCCCCAGCACGGGGUUCGGACAUGGACUCGGGGGUCCUUUGAUCGCAACUGCCUUCACCAAUGGCUACCACUGAGGUGUCCCGUCAGCAUCCGGCACGGGAUGAAGAAACUCGCGAGCGCCGCUGACCACGUGACGUGCUUACAGGACGCUCCCUCAUGACUCCACUCUGGGGUUCCCAUCUUUCUUUUCCCUCCAUUCUCUACUAACAUCACUUUUCUUUUUCCUCAUCCCGUAUUUUUCUUCCUGACGUGCAUCCUGUUUAUCAGCGACUCGUGUAUGACAUGCUGCCGUCUGUCUUUUGAAAGAAAAAAAAAUGAAGAAAAAAAAAAACAUUGUUUGAUUGUAUACGUGCGGAAACACGCGAGGAAUUCCGUUUCUCCGGAUUUUUAUUUUGACGAGUCUUUGCUGACUGUGUUUUGAAGUUUUUACUGUACUCAUGCUGUAACGGAUGAUGUCGAGAAAGACCGAGAAAGAGAGAGGAGGAGCAACGCAACUGGAAAAAAAAGUUCAGGAUUUGUCUUCCUUGAUGUUUAUUAAGCAUUACAAAUCUAAACCACACCGAACAAAGACAUGAGAAUGAAUCAAAUUUACAAAAAAAAAAAA